AUGACAGAAACCGUUACAAAUACAAACGAGAGGAAAUCUCUGUUUUCCUCUUUUCUGGAAGUUUUAGAGGCAAGAGAAAAACAGGUACAAGCAGAGAGGCAACUAGAAGAAGAAAAAUAUCAACGAAGAACUCAAAGGAUAUACGACUUUCAUGAGAGACAACGCCGCGAGGCGGUGGAGCUUCGACGUUGCCUGGAGUACGUGUCGCAGCACGCGCACGUGCUGGAGACGGUGCUGAGGGGCGGCGGCGGCGGCGAGGGCGCUCCGCUCGGCGCUGCACUGCUGCGGCAGGCGGCAGCGCUGCAGCGCUGCAUGGCGCAGUGCGUCGCCAACGCGGCGAGGAUCCGACAGCUGCUCACCGCCGCCCACCGCCCGCAGAUGGACACCAUGCUCGCCAAAAUGACGUCAGGGGAAGCUAUCUUGAAA